GAUUUGCCUUUGCGUGAGCAGUUCUAGAGAGAGAAUUCGAAGAACUCGAAUAUUAAUUUACACGCCUUGUUCAAGAGAUUUAGAACGAUUAUCUGGACAUCUCGAUAUAUAAAUCCUAAACAAUUUACAACUUCGAUUUCGUAUUUUAAUCGCUUUGAUUUGAAUUAGUUGUUUAGAUCUUGAUCAGUUCGUAGUUUGAAUUCAAUUAACGUACUCGAUCGAGUUUUAACUCCUCCUUGUUAGUUGUUUGAUAUAUAUAUAUAUAUUGUAUAAACUAGGGUUUGAAGUUUUGAAUUAUGAUGAAUCAGUCACAGGUGAUGAAUCCGGUUCAUGUAAUUAUGCAUCAUCAUCAACUACCUCAGGUUGUUCCGCACCACCGGAGCAAUGGAAUUUGGCCUCAAUCGCAGCAGAGCUCGAUUGAAUCGAUGAAUCGAGAGAAUUAUCCUGUUCAGAAUUGGAUCGAUAGACGAGAAACAGCUGGAAUGAAGUCUGGUGGAAGAUUAUUAGGUCAUGGAGGCGGUUAUAGACCUCCAAAUUGGAAUCAGAAUAAGAAUCAGAAUCAUCGUAGGUUUUAUCCGAAUAAAAAGUUGAUGAAGAAGAAGAGAUUUGCUGCUCCUCGAAACACAACAUCAUUCCUGAUUCGAGCGAAUAGAUGCGGAGGAAUUGCUGAAUUGGUAUCGCCUUACCCUGUUACACCAGCUAUUCUUGAAACUCCACAGCUUUUACCAUCAAGGGAGGUUCUAGGUGAUAUGGUGAAAGAAGAAUGGGGAGUUGAUGGUUAUGGUUCAAUGAAUGGUCUCAUUAGACUUAAAGAACAUGAACAUGAUGAAGUUGAAAAUGAAAAUGAAGAGGGUAAUGGAUCAUCAUCAAGUGAUAGUGAUGAUCAUAUUGAAAUGGAGAAGAAAUUGGAUCAUGACUUGAGACGUUUCGAGAUGAUUUAUCGAAAAAACUAUGGAGGAAGAAGAAGAGAUGAUAAAUUGGUAUUGGAGAAUAGAGUAAAUGAUCAAGAUGAUCAUAUUUCUGAAUUGGAAAAGGAGAAUAUGUUGUUAAGAGAAAAGCUCAAUUUUAUAGAGAAUGAAAUGAAUGAUUUGAAGAAGAUACUGCAAAACCAUGAAGGAGAUGAUGAUCAUGAAGAAGAACAUUCAUUGAUGGAAUGAAUGAAUGAUUAACAGACAGGAAAGAUUAGGGUUUGAUGAAUAAUCUUGGCUUAAAGAAGAAGUAGAAGAAGAUAUUCAUCAUCAUCAUUUGUGGACAAACAGAAGAAGAAGAACUCAUGGUAUGUAAAGAAUGAAUAAGACUAAUUCAUAAUUACAUUUUCAUUUGUAAUAGUAUUUAGGUAGAUUUUCACAUUAUUAUUAUUAUUAUUAUUCUAAAUUUGAUUAUAAAAUUAAUUGGGAUAUUUAGUAUUG